CUGCUCCUCUGUCGCCGCCUGAUCCUUGCAGCACGCUGACAUUUAAUGCUGUCACUUUCAUACCAAUCCCUCGCUUGGAUCCUUUGUCGUACCUGAAGUGUGAAGUCAUGGUAACAGCGCAAGCUGCACAACCUCAGCCUUCCUCGGUAUCCGUCACUCCCAUGGGUGGGGCGAAGUCUAGCUCCUGUGUCUCAGUGACAUAAAGCUGCAGGAUCUGUAGGAUCACACGCUGAAGAGCUCUGGGGUUAGACGUUCAGUUUGAAGGGUUUUUGUGAGACUUGAUGGACUAGCAGCUCUGCAGUUGCAUCCAUGGACUUUGUGAAGACUGAAGGUUCCCAGCCUGCAUACAGCCGCUGGUCAUACAGACCCUCCAGCUCCAGCAGCUUUUUAUCCAACUCAUCAUCAAGUGGCAUUGAGGACGACAGCAGCAGCCUCAUGAAGCAGAAGCUGGAGAAACAGAAGUUGCUGGCGGAACAGAGGCAGCGUAAGAAACGCCAAGAACCUCUGAUGGUCCAGCCGAACACGGAGGCCCGGCCCCGCCUCUCCAGGACCCGGCGCCCCGAGGAACAGGCCCCCCUGGUGGAGUCUCAGACCAGCUCCACAAACGAAGUCAUCAUGGACGGUAUUGACGGUCCAGCUGCUUUCUUGAACUCAGAAGCUCCUGAUCUGGGCAUGAAAAUUCAAAUCCUGUCCGUGAGCCAGCCCCAGUCUCCCUCCUCCCAACCUCAGCCUCCACAUCGGUCCCCCGUUUCCGAGGAGACGGAGAGAGACGGAGACACCGAGACGCUGCUGGAGCCCAAGAUGGACAUCCAUGAAAUGCUGCAGAAACAAGGUCUGUGUGGAAGUAUGAACUUUGAUGAAGCCAGCGAGCACGAGGAGGACACGGAGGAGGAGCGAACACGCUCCCUGUCCCCACAGACAGACGCCACCAGGCCUGCUUCAGCUGCGAGUAGCAAAGACGUCCCGGAGGUGGCUGUCCCCGGGUCGCCCACAGCAGACCUCCUACUUUCAGAAAUGUCAAAUCUUGAGGAGUUUGUUCUGAGCCCGGCGCCUCGCGGCGUCACCAUCAAAUGUCGAAUCUCCCGCGACAAGAAGGGGAUGGACCGCGGCCUCUACCCGACCUACUUCAUGCACAUGGAGAAGGAGGACGGCAAGAAGGUCUUUCUUUUAGCCGGACGAAAGAGAAAAAAAAGCAAAACCUCCAACUACCUGAUUUCAGUCGACGCUACUGAUCUGUCGCGAGAAGGAGACAGCUUCAUCGGUAAACUAAGGUCCAACCUCAUGGGCACCAAAUUCACGGUGUACGACAGCGGCUCCAACCCCUGCAAGAGCGUGGGGGCGCUGCUGGAGGACAGCCCCGCCCGCCAGGAGCUAGCGGCCGUCUGCUACGAAACCAACGUGCUGGGCUUCAAAGGGCCGCGGAAGAUGACGGUCAUCAUCCCGGGCAUGAACAUGAACUUCGAGAGACUUCCUGUUCGACCUCAGAACGACCAGGAGAGCCUCCUGAACAGGUGGCAGAAUCACUCCAUGGAAAACCUCAUCGAGCUGCACAACAAGGCGCCCGUGUGGAACGACGACACCCAGUCCUACGUGCUGAACUUCCACGGGCGCGUCACGCAGGCGUCGGUGAAAAACUUCCAGAUCGUCCACGACAACGACCCCGACUACAUCGUCAUGCAGUUCGGACGCGUGGCCGAAGACAUCUUCACCCUGGACUACAACUACCCCAUGUGCGCGCUCCAAGCCUUCGCCAUCGGCCUCUCCAGUUUCGACAGCAAGCUGGCGUGCGAGUGAAUCCCGGGAGCGUUCGAGUCCCAGCCGCUCCUGUGUUUUAUUUCAUGCAUCUUAAACUAGAUUUUACUCCAUUUCUGGUCUCGAUUAAGUCAUAAUCCAUAAACCGAUUUGUAUUAUGUUCUGUGGCCUCUGGCGCCCUCUGCUGGCCAACAUCUGUUGUUGUUUUUUUUUGUUUUUGUUUUUUUUUGCAGGAACAAAAAAAAUCUCAAAUUUUCAUUUUUUUUAUGUUAACAAAGUUUACAUCAAACAUGGCUGUACCAUAUAAUCCUCACUUUCACUUCCAAAUCUCAAUGUAAAAGCUGUAUUUUCCUUUUUGCUGUGAGUAACUGUUUUUAUUUGAAUGUGACUGUGAAUUUUUAGUUGAACAAACAACAUAAAAAAACAUUUUCAUUCCCAGACAAUGCAGUAAAUCUGAUGGAUUAGAACUUUUAAAUGAAUCUAUCAGCUCUUUUAAAGGGACUUCCUUAAAUAUCUGCCGGGAUUACACUCCCUCUUUAUGCCUUAUAAAGAUUUUUCCUUUAAAUCAAAUUUUCUGACAAAAUAAAGUGAUUUCAGGGAUAUAUUUGCAAUGUAAAAAUGUCUAUUUUCCUACAGAAAAAGUCAGAAAAAUCAGAUUGAAUUGGUAGAAAAAUGUUAAAGAAAUCAUUAAACUUUACACAGAUUCCAUCAUUUUAUUCUCUAGUAUAAAGCGUGCAAUCAAGUUCUAAAGAAAGAAAGAAAGUUAUUUAUAUAUUUUUAAAUGUCAGAUUCUAUUGAGGAGUUUUUCCACCGAUCACACAUGUUGUCAUUUUGUAUGUUCAGUGAAAAAAGAACUCCAAACAUGUAACGUCUUAAAAACUCACAAAUAAAGAUGGAAAAAGUGAAAUCUUGA